AUGGAUGUGAAAACAGUGUCAGACCUCCUGGCAUGGACAUCCGAAGAAAAUUACGAGGUCGUCCUGUAUCAGCUGCCAGCCGCGUUGUCUCUCUUGUCAGACCUGAGUCGGCCAUACUUCCUGCCCAGAGUGCUGUCAGAGCACGGUCACGAGGAUCAGGCUCUGCGCAUUCGUGUGAAAACCAUGUUUCCGAUGCCGUGGGUCAGUUUUGGGCACCAGUCAGACUCGUCAGACACCAUCACGGGCAAAAAAUGUCAGACGAUGCUGCUGGCACACGCAAUCUGGAAGAACAAGGACAGCUGGGCAUUCUUGCGUCAGACAAGCCUCUGUGAAGCCACAAAGUCCGCCACAGUCGUUGUGGUGCACUUCAGUGUGCCUUGUAACAAAGGCACAGCGAUGGAGCUAUCCUUUGCGUCAGACGUGGAUGCCAACACAGUGUUUGAGGGCAAGACAUUGAAGCUACAGGACUGGUUUCCGACCUCCGCUUUGCUGCAGUCAGACUCCACAGGCUACAUCUGCAUGUCUCUUGUCAGACACAGCAUUGUCAUGAGCUUAAGUUUGUGCAUCGGGGCUAACAUGUGGUGCGACAAGGAGAAGCCGUCCAUGGGCUCCGAAACCAUCAAGAAAAUGAAAGACGUCAAUGCCUCUUUGCACCGUGCUGCCCGACCUUCUUCGGCGGCAUCGAGUAGCAACGUGAAGGAAGCGUCAGACGCAGUCAUGGCCGAGAAUCAUGAAGUCGACCCGCCUGUUCUUGUCAGCCAGAAGCGGCAACGAGUGCAGGAUGCGAUCGCGUAUCUGGACAGGAUGAAGCCCGCCAACCAGAGUGCGCUGUUCAUGGAUGCAGCUCGUAAGAAGGUGCGAGUCAUUGAUUCCGGGCUGGAGACUGUGGCUUCUUUUCUGACACCUGGAAGUACAAUGCUGACUAAGACAAAACGUGAUGUCAGACAGAUGACGUUGGGCGAGACGAGCCGCCUGCAUGGCUGCUGUUUGGACUUUAGUCUGUGCAAGCCGUCAUACAGUUCGCACACACUGGCCAACAUGGCCUCAGUUCCCACAGCUGCGACAAUGUUGCUCCUAGCCUGUCAGACCAUGGCCUUGGUCAAAGAGAACGACAUGUGA